AUGGACGUCGUCGCAGUGGCAUCACCAAGUAUUUACUUGCACGACCUGGUGAGUUUUGGGCGCGGGAUCCUCCGCCAAGGGACAGUUAUCCAGGACGCUACCGUGGAGAACAGCUCUCUCCCCGUCGACACGUUCCGGAUCCUUCUCAUCGACAACUCUAUCGUGCAUAAGAACGCCGGGGACAUCAGGGUGCUCGACAGGAACCACCUACACCCCGGCCAGGUUGUUGGGUCGGCGUCCGACAUUGCCGGCCAGAUCGGCGUCGUCACCGGCGUCACCACCCUUCUGGUCCUGGCCGAGCAUGACAACCGGGGCAUGGCGACCGGGGUCAUCAAGGGCGUGUGUCCGUCAAGCCUGCGCCGAAUCAGCAGCCUCAGUCUUGGCGACUUUGUUGUGUCUGGGCCGUGGCUCGGCCGUGUUGUCGAGGUAUCUGUCGAUGUCGACGUCCUUUUCGAUGAUGGCGCUGUCUGCAGGCAACAAAUAAACUGCGAUUUCUACCCAGGGCAGAGGGUGAAAAAGGAGAACUCGUGUUCCAUCUUUAAAGCGGCACGAUGGCUUAACGGCUACUGGAAUCCUGAUCGCGACAGAGGCACCAUCAUUAAGGUGGAGAUGUCCGGCGUUCUCGUCUACUGGAUUGCAUCGAUGCAUUGUGGCACGGACAGGGAGCUCGUUGAGGCAUCCGCUCCACCAGCGUACCAGCACCCUGAUGAACUGACAUUCUUCUGCGCCGCGUCUAGUUGCAGCUGGUGGGUAUCUGACCAAUGCUUCUUUCGAGAACCUAGGUCGGCCGAAACUGAUGAUGAUAAUGGAAAUGUGGCUAUAGCUCACGAUCAAGAGGAGGAGGAGGAAGAGGAGGAGGAGGAGGAGGAGGAGGAGGAGGAGGAGGAAAACGACGACCCAUGCUCUGAAAACAAUGAGGAUGUGAUUGAUUUUGACCAAGAUGCACCAAGUGCUCAUGACGUACCACCCACACCAACAAAGCAGAACGGUGUGAUCUUUUACGGGAAGCAGCUGAGGAAGGUAUUCUUUGAGGGGCACAGGCGGGAGCGACGCCCACAAGUCAGGAAGCAUUUGGAGGUGGAGUUUCCCAUGACCGUCGUCAGCACCAACACCUCUGUCGACGUGCUAUGGCAGGAUGGCACCCUGCAACAUGGCGUACCUUCAGCGAGCCUCGUCCCCUUUGAUGUAAUGAAUGAGCAAGAGUUCUUCCCUGGAGAACACGUCGUUGAGAAUGAUACAACCGUUGGUACUAAUGGUGACAAAGAUGGCACGACAAAACGUGUGGGCAUCGUCAGGAGCCUGGACUGCAAGGACCAGACGGUUUGUGUGUCAUGGUUGAAGGCGGGGAUAUGCCCUGGCGAGGCUAGAGAGGUUGAGUGCAUUGAGACCAUAAGCGCAUAUGAUCUCAAAUUGAACUACUCACCCUACUACGGAGAUAUAGUUGUCCGCCUUGUUCGUUCAGAAUCAACGAACAACGGUGGUGCUAGUGUGGCCUUAGAUGGCAAGAAGAAGAAGAAGAAGAUUGCCGCCGAUGUUGACCUUUCAUGGGUGGGGCAUGUUGUUAACCUUCCUGAUGGACAUGUCCAAGUCAAGUGGGGUGAUGGUAGUAUGUCAACGGUGUCGCCACAUGAGAUCGUUGUCGUCAACGAGGGGCACUACAUGGAGUUGACGAAUGAAAUGGGCGACUGGGUAGAGGCUGACGGCCUAGAUGAAGAGGCUACUAGCACGGACAAUAAUGAUCCGCAUAACCCAGCCAACUAUAGCGAUGUCGAAAACGAAGACCCAGCAGCGACGACGACAAGCAUUUUGGGUUUUGUAGUCCGGUCAUUGUUCCAAUUGACCGGUGACAUGGUGGCUCGAGGUAAGAGAUACCUGACUAAUCGCCAGCCGCCGCCCUCAUCGUUGCUACCAAGCUCAGAGGUACCUGCGCCCACGAAUGAUGAUAACAAUUGUGGUGCCCCGUUUCAAAAAAAUGAUAUCAUUGGUGGUGAGGCAACGGAGAACGUUGCUGCUGCAUGUGACAAAUCGUUCAGCUUCCCACUUUUCGAUGUAUUACAGAUCACCCCUGAGGAUCACCAUUACCUUGACGACGCAGACCAGGGCGGUAGUCAUGGGAAGAAUUGGGCCAAGGCAGUGCAAAAGGAAUGGAAAAUUCUAGAGAACGACUUACCAGAAACCAUCUAUACACGAGUGUUCGAGGACCGCAUGGACCUGCUCCGGGUGGUGAUGGUGGGCGCGAGCGGGACGCCAUACCAUCACGGACUCUUCUUCUUCGACUUGCAGCUGCCAUCGUCCUUCCCGGCUGAGCCACCCCGAGUGUAUUACCACUCCUACGGCCUACGCCUCAAUCCAAACCUCUACGAGUCUGGUACCGUGUGCCUCAGUUUGCUAAACACGUUCAAUGGCGAAGGCACCGAGCUUUGGUCGUCAGUGACAUCAAGCCUCCUCCAAGUUGUUGUCUCCAUCCAAGGCCUUGUCCUCAACGACCAACCAUACUACAACGAGGCCGGAUAUGAGACCCUAGUUGGCAAACCAGAGGGUCGUCGCAAUGCGCUGCCCUACAGUGAGAAUGCUUACAUUCUCAGCCUCCGGACCAUACUCCAUGUGUUGCACCGGCCGCCUCAAGGAUUUGAGGAAUUCGUCAAGGACCACUUCCGCCGACAGGGAAGGUUUGUGCUCAUGACAUGUAAUGCGUGCCUGCGGGGAUGCGUUGUCGAUGAUGCCCAUGCCACCGAAGCGAUUAGGGAACAACAAUGCUCAGCCGGGUUAAAGCUUGCGCUCGCCAACAUGUUGCCCAGCCUCCUGGCAGCCUUCACAGAGAUCGGCGCCGAGGGAUGCGAAGAGUUUCAGAAGUCAUAUGCUCUCAGACUCGUUCAAGGGGAAGCGUCGCCGGCCAUCGAUUCGAGCGUUUCUGAGGAAGUUCCUGCCUCUGCAAUCAUUGUUGAAGACGAGAUUGUUCAUUGGUUUUUCAAGGAUCGUUUUGCUGCCAAGCGUCUGCACGCCCUUUCUGCAGAUCUCGAUGGUCCCAAGAGACGUAUUAUUGCAGAGCAUAGUGCAUUUAGAGCAUUUUUUUGGAUCCCUGGUUUGCGGGAGUUCAAGUUCCAUAAGAAGAGGAUGGUUUUCACAAAAGAGAUGGUGAUCAAAGUUUUUGGAAUUCGAUGUGGCGAGAGACUUGUUGUGCAGAAGAAGGGUGAGCAUCCUGAGUUGCGCCAGAUAUACAUAGAAGAAGGACAAUCUAGGCCUUUCAUCCAGCAUUCUGUUAAAUUGCUCAAGGCAUGUGAUGUUAUGGAUGAUCUCACCAUUAUCAGAACAUGGGAUCUUAUAUGUUUGGCUACAGUUAUUGACCCUGGUAGCGCAAGUUUGCUUAGCCUUGACUAUUUGGAUUGCAUGUUGGACCCUCGGAGGACUCACGAGUUUCCAUGGGAUGAACACUUCCUGGAGUUAGCAAUGCAGGAGGUUACAAAAAUCAAUAGCAAGACAGCAGAGGCAGUGAUUUUCUACAUGGAUCACCUGGAUUUUCCACCAUACCAGCAUACCAUAAACUACUCAAUUCCUAGGUUUCUUGACAUGUCGAACACUCCUUAUGGAGUUGCUUCCUUUGUCAACCAUCAUCAUGUUGAGGAGCCUGUUGAGCAACCUAAUGAAGAACCUGAAGUGAACCCGUCUGCAUCCCUCAAUGAAUGGCUUGUGUUUCCUAGUAGUCAGGAUCUCGAGUUAAUGGUUCCAGCUGCGUACAAGCAUCUGUAUGAGAAACACUGGACUAUUUAUAGUUGUGAUGUUGACACCACUCUCAAGAAAUUUGGCGUUGGUUUGAAACAAAUGCAGUCGCAGCGCAUGGCAACUUUGCUUAUUGAUAUAGAUGCAGCAAUGAAAGAAGGAGAUGGUCCAAGUGUCCAUUUCCCAACCGGAGGUGGAGUUGAAGACGAAUCUAGUAUGCUGCUGACGGAAAUGAGGAUGAAGCCUAAAGCUAUGGAGGCUGCAACACCACCCAUACCAUCCGAGGAUGCUGAAGCAGAUCAUUUGGGCGAGAAUGUUUCACCGCAGCAUCCGACAAACAUAGGAUCACCACUCCUCCUUGGUGUUGGGGGAGGCCUCUCCAUCAACAUCUCCAUCAGCACCAUCAUCACCAUCUCCGUCUCCAAGAUUCAUUUCAUUCCCCUUAUAGUUUGUGAUUCAUUGAACCCCAAAUAUUGUUUUAAGUGUUAUUUGCAUGAUUAUGAUUGA